GAAAUUAAAUAUGCCAUAAUAAUAAAGAACUUGACGCCGCCAUGUUUUUGCUAAAAUAAAAGUAAAAUAUCGAUGUCCAAAUUAAGCCGAAACACCGAGUAAAUUAAGAGAAAACAGUUCAAAGUGAUGAGUGAUGAUUUUGAAAAUAGCCAUCUUGUGUUGUGUUUGUGAGGCUGGAACUUUAUUCCCCGAAAAGCAACAUCUUUAGAUGAAAUGGGGGACACUAAUGAGGGUAGCCCAGCUGCAGGGUCAGAUGUGAGCGAUGAGCCAAGUCUGAUACAGUAUAGGUCAAAACGUCGUUGUGUUGUUGAACGAGAAAAGAAGAAGAAGGAGUGGUGGGAAGAAGAGGAUGUUUUAUCAGAUGAAGACGAUCAAGGUGAUUUUGACUCUGAUGGCUCCGAUGGUCCAAGGAGACCAAAACAGCGCAAGAAAAUGAUGAUUCCCACAGCUCUUCGUCCACCACCCAAUCGCAUAUUUAUGUUCUCUACUGAGCUGGCAAAUCGUGCAGCAGAAGCUGUGGCUCAGGGUCGUGUUCCAUCUAUAGUUGCUUACCACAUGGCUCAACCAAAAAACCAGCCUUACUUGAGAUUGCAACCACGAAGCAAUUCAGAUUUCAUGAUGAAUCCAUCAGGCAGUGUUGACUAUCGGUUUCGCAACCUUCCAAAACAUAUGGAUACAAUGUUCGGAGGGGGCUGUCUCCCAGGUAUGUCCGCAAUGGGAAUGCCCCCUAGAUUCAAUGCUGUCCCCCAGUUUGGGCAGUAUUUAAAACAACAACAACAAAUAGAAUCAAGAAAUACAUUGGCGGUAGAUGAACUGCAACAAAUGAUGUUUGGCACAAGCAAUGGUACACCUAAAGGUGUGUUCCCCCCUGCUGGAAUGCAUCAUAUGAUGGAUGAUCAGGGUGGUGCACGACCACGAAUUGCUGGCGGAUAUCCUGGCCCACUACCAUCAACCUUUGGUCAGCAGCAGAUGUUCAUGAACAGUCAUAACUACAGAUUGCAGCCAAAUUUCCCAGUGGAUCAAAUUCAACCUCAAGGGGGCGCAUCAGUGAUUACAUCACAAGCUAUUUCAGGAUCAGGUAUGCUACCAAGCAUGGAUUCACCAGGACAUCAAAGGGAAUUAGCACAAGAUGAAUCUUUAAAAUAUGAGCAAAAGUCGGAAAGCGAUGAAAACCCGUCGAUAGCAACUGAUCGUAAACAAAUCAUUUCUCCAAAUCAACCACCAAUUCUUCAGCAACAGCAUCAAUUAUCACCCACACCACAACCACCCACACAGGCAAAUGCACCCCAUUUACCUGUAUUAUCCCCAAGCUCAAGUCUCUCAUCUUCGUCUCCUCUUGGUUCAACAAUCCGUAGUCCACCACCUUACUCUGCCAAUCAUCCCACUGAUCUCAACACUCUUCCCGGUGCCAGCUCCAUUGGCGCUCCCUCACCAACAAAUACAAAUUCACCGCAGACACCUCAUGGUCCAUUGACCCCUCGUCUUUCAAACACUAUUGGAUCACCAAAAGAUGGAGAGCGCUCUCCAUUUUCUCCUGGUUCUCUACCAACGACUUCUGGCUAUUCUAAUCAACAAGUCAUGCAUCAGAACAUUCGAGAUGCAAGCAUGAAAAUGACCAGGCAUUCUCCAAUUUCAGAAAAACCAGAUGACAUUUUAACAAAUAAAAACAUUCCACCCGGUUUUGUGCCAAGUGACAUGAGACUACCAACAUAUGCAGGACAAAGGCCUAAUUCAUUGCACCUCAUGAAGAAUAUGUCUCCUCUUGCUGCACUUCCUCCAAAUAAGAGCACUUUCCUUGGAAGAAGUGGUGUAGUGGGUAGAUCUCUGAUGGGGAUGCCUCCUGAUCAAGUAAAUUAUCCUUCAAAGUUUUCCGUGGAAAGCCUAACUGCACCUGCAAAAGAAGAACUUUUCUAUCAUCAACGAUUUCCUAUGCAGCCUGGCAAUGCUUAUGCAGCUGCAGCUGCUUACUCUCAGCAACCAGGACUUUAUUACACCGGUAACAAAUUUCUACCAGGGAUGUUGGGGCAGGGACAGUAUCAGUUCCCAUCACACCUUCAGCCAUCGCCUCAACAGUUUUUCCCAUCAAACAUGCCCCCACAGAUGUACCCCCCACACGGUCCAUUUUCAAUCCAUCAUACUGGUAAUCGUGAUGCAGGAAUGUAAUCAAUGAAUAAAGAUGACUACUUACGGUAAUCUAUGUGAUCCUUGGCCCUACAAAAACUUGUUGGUAUAUGGACUGUACCUUUAGAAAAGUAUACAUAUAAACGGUCAAAGUGUCAUGAACCUGUCGCCACACACGCGGAGAAUGUAUGGUGGUAAAGAGAUCAAAUUAUGUUUUAUCAUAGAUAUCUCCUGUGAAUAUAUUUUAGAAUCUGGAGAUUUUUAAGGAAAAAAAGCUUAGUGAUUUGAUUGAAGAUAUAGAGCUGCGAGAUUGGGAUUGUUCGGCAGUAUUAUCUUUUGGAAUUUGGGAUGGGAUAGCAGCGUUUAAUAUUCGGUUACUGUUUAGGUUUUUAUAUUUUAUAGGCAAAAGAGAGAGAAUGUUCUUGUCUUUGUAAAUCGCUCUAUUGAUCCUUUGGACUGUCAAGGAAAAGAAUUAAUAGCUAUCCAUAAAAAUUCGUGAAACGGGCGAAGUUUUAGUUGAAAUAAAGUAAAAUUUCAGUUUUUUUGA